GAAAUUUCUCACUAUUCCUUACAUUUCUAGGAUCGAGUGGAGAAAGCCGAGGACAGCCGUCACUAUGUGAACGAACUAGUAAGGAUGGUUUCUCAGGCGUCCAAUGUGAGCGUGCACCUAAACCCGCACAGCGGCAUGACGUCUCCGCGCUAGUAAACAACAACUCCUCCAACGGUUCACAUCCAGAGAUUGGUGGACAUGUCACAAAAGUAUUUCGGUUAUCACACCAUAGAGCCUCGGCGAUGGCGGUGCGAUCGCACUGCUACAUAUACCGACUGUUGCCCUCUCAUUGACAUUCCAAAGAGUCUCCCAGCUAUCUCAUCCUAGCCUUGAACUGCCUACCACACAUAUUUCUCCCUAGGAUUAAUAUAGAAAUGGCGCACAGUGCGAAUUUCUCAGACACCCCCCCUGCCAGGUAUGACAUCCUUAUAAUAGGAGCUGGCUUUUCGGGAAUCUUUAUGUUAUAUCACCUUCGCAAACUAGGCUAUUCAUGCCGGAUCUACGAAACAGGGACAGAACUGGGAGGGACGUGGGCAAAUCAUAUCUAUCCAGGUGUGAGGGUCGACUCGGAAAGCUGGAUUUAUCAGCUGUCUAUGCCGGAGGUUUGGGAGGACUGGUCUUGGAACGAGGUUUACCCCUCCGGCCAGGAGCUGCGUCGGUAUUUUGCCCAUGUCGAUAAGAAGCUCCAUAUCAAGAAAGAUGUGGACUUCCGAGCCAAGGUAGUGAAGGCACAUUUCGUACGAGAAAAGAGCUGUUGGCGCACCGAAACGGAGGAUGGUCGAGUCACUGAAUCCCAAUUUCUUCUAACAUGUACAGGACUUGCAUCAAAGGGCUACACGCCUGCUUUCCCUGGGAUGGAGGAUUUCAAGGGCGGGAUCUAUCACUCCGAAUACUGGCCAGAGGAGAGCGUUAAUAUCCAAGGAAAGAAGGUGGCAGUGAUAGGCACGGGCUCAGCAGGGAUUCAGAUCAUCCAAGAAUGGGCUAAAGAAGCAGGCACUUUGACGGUCUUUCAGAGAACACCCAACCUGGCUUUGCCCAUGCGACAGCUUCAACUUCCCCAAGAGCAAGAGGUCAUCAGGUCCAUGUAUCCACACGUCUUUCGGGACCGUGGUAAUACCUUCGCGGGAUAUGUAGCAACACAGGUACACAAACGGACGUUUGACGUUUCACCCGCGGAGCGUGAGGCUUUAUAUGAACAUGCAUGGAAAAAGGGCGGUUUUCAUUUUAUGAUUGGAACCUUUAUCGAUAAUAUGACCGACCUGAAAGCAAACCGUGCCUUGUAUGACUUCUGGGCUCGAAAGACGCGUUCGAGAAUCCACGACCCUAGAAAGCGGGACCUCCUAGCACCAUUAGAUCCACCACAUCCCAUUGGAGCGAAACGAUUGUCACUGGAAUUGAAUUACUACAAAGUAUUCAACCAGCCGAAUAUCCAUAUAGUCAAUGUGCGUGAGGAGAAAAUUGUUGAAUUCCGGCCCCAUGGUAUUGUAACGAGCAGUGGAGCAUACCAUGAGCUUGACGCGGUCGCAUUAGCAACGGGGUUUGAUGGUUUGACGGGGAGCUUGACAAACUUGGGUCUCCAUAACACGGAGGGCAUAUCCUUGAAGGAAGAAUGGAAUUAUGGAGCAAAAACAUACUUGGGCUUGACGCUUAGCGGAUACCCCAAUCUGUUCUACAUGUGCGGAGUACAUGGACCGAGCGCGCUUAGCAAUUUACCCUCGAUUAUGGAAGUGCAGGGCCAAAUUAUCAUCGAUACAAUCCAGAGAAUGCGGGCCAAUCGACUAGCAUCUAUCGAGGCUACACCAGAGGCAGCAGACUCAUGGACGAAAUGGGCGGAUGAAAUCGCUAACGCGACACUGUUUACUCGGGCGGACUCUUGGUAUAUGGGCGCCAAUAUACCGGGGAAGAAGCGGCAGAUGCUUAAUUUUUGUGGUGGGAUACCGGCAUACAAACAGGCUUGUACAGAGGCUCUGGAGAAUUGGAAGGGGUUCAAGACUGUACAGAUGGCGAAUCUCUGAAGAAAUUUGGGAAGACUUCAUGCGGAUUUCUUGGCGAGUGAACAUGAGAUCAACUGUCUUCCGCGAGUCAGCCCAGACUGUCAACCCUUCUCCGAACUCAAUGAAAGUACAAGUGGCAGAUCUUGGUCUCCCCAGGAAAUACAGAAAAUCUAGUCUUGCCCUUGUUGGGAGACGGGGAACUCUCCCGGGAAACUUUCUAUUGGGGGAUUAGCAAUAAGAUGGUACCAACCAAAGACAUAUACCCUGUUAAUCAUCGAUCGGAUGGAUAGAUGUCACAGGCCAGGAAAGCUGUUUCCUCGGAGGAUGGAUUGGUGAGGCAUUUCCAGAACCAAAUGGGCUAGGAACAAUGCAUUGAUUCACAUUCGGCUGACUCGCACGAUCUCCAUUUGUAUGAUAGACUGCUAGUCGAAAUAAUCGGCUAACUAGCUACAUAAGAGUUCCAC